UGUCCCCACCGUGUUCGAGAACUACACGGCGAGCUUCGAGAUCGACAAGCAGCGCAUCGAGCUCAACAUGUGGGACACCUCAGGCUCAGCGUAUUAUGACAACGUCCGCCCCUUGGCCUACCCCGAUUCGGACGCCGUGCUCAUCUGCUUUGACAUCAGCCGCCCAGAGACGCUGGACAGUGUACUCAAGAAGUGGCAAGGGGAGACCCAGGAGUUCUGCCCCAAUGCGAAGAUCGUGCUGGUUGGCUGCAAGCUGGACAUGCGGACAGAUCUGAACAUCCUCCGGGAGCUCUCCAAGCAGCGCCUCAUCCCCAUCACACACGAGCAGGGCAGCACGCUGGCCCGGCAGAUGGGGGCAGUGGCCUACGUGGAAUGCUCCUCCAAGGUCUCCGAGAACAGCGUGCGCGACGUCUUCCACGUGACCACGCUGGCCUCCGUGAACAGGAUGCACAAGAAUCUCAAGCGCAGCAACUCCAAGCGGGGACUGAAGCGGGCGUCUCAGAUGCCCAGCAGGACGGACUUGUUGAAUGACACAGAGAUCAGGAAAGACCGAGCCAAGAGCUGCUCCAUCAUGUGACAAAUGGGCUAUAAAUAAUGUGUGUGUGUGUGUGGUGUUUGUUUUGUACAGUAACGGGCCUAGACAAGGGCCCGGCGCUGGCUGCGGGAGCCAGCCUGCCUUCCCAAGGCUUUUCUUUUAGUCUCUAGGACUGAGAGACGCUAGCUGCAAAUCAGGGUGCAUGUGUCACCCCCCCACCAUGGAGACUUCUGGAUUGGGUGUUGCUGUGCUGACUGCUUGGGAUAAAGGAACCACUCAGCAGAGGAAUAUUCAGGUGCUGGAGAGUCUUUGAUGAAGUGAAGAAAAAGGGAGAGAGAGAGAGAG